GUUUUUAAUCAGUAUUUUUUUAUUACACUUUUGGUAAAGAUGUCGAGUUUGAAAACCACGUAUGCACUAUUAAUAACGCUUUGGCUGAAGUGGAAAGUUUUGCAGGCGACCAUAAAAGCGAAUUUAACGGAUCACAAGUUGGUCAAAUUCCAAAUUGCAUCAUCAAUGAAGCGAACAGCUUUUUACAAAUAUAUUACAAAAAUGUUGCCUUCGAAGGCAUUUUAAAAAAAUUUGAAUUUCCUGAAUCUGUUUAUUCCCUUCUCAUCUCUUUAAUUGGAAUUACAAAUUUUCCUUUACAAAUUUUAGAGUGCAUUCCCGUAGGCGCUUUUUGGAAGAAAACCUUUCUAAAAGGGGAGUGGAAUGCUGAUUUGGUAGUGACGGUAAGCAAUUUCUGCCCAGAUUCAAUGAAACUUCUUUGUGAUCGGGCGAUCGAGAUUCUUUCUAGAGACGAAAAAAUCCAUAAUCGAUUUUACGUUGCACACUGUACUUCCCUUUGCAGUAAGCUUGUUGAUAGAAACAAUAAAACGACCUGCACCCUUUAUUUCGGGUCGCAUCCUUUUUUUUUAACUUCUGCUGUUUCUGAAAAUGAGAAGAUGACUCUUUUCUCUGUUCAGAAGCAACUCGCUGGAAAAACGCGUUGGUUUUUCCACGCUUGCGAGGUGUUAGAAAAAAGAUUGAACGCUGCGGAGCAAAAUGACAAGAUCUUGUUUCUGAAGCUCAUUUGUCUUCUUCGUGACUACCGACGUCGCACAGCCGUGUGGGCGAACUUUGAUGACUUUGAGCUUGAAAUUUUAGCGCUGCAGGCCCUUAUAGAGUCUCCCCCGCACUCCACGUUGCACACUGCUCUCUGCACUAGCUUCUCUUUUCUAGCGCGCGGCCUGCUUCUUCAUGGCGGGCCUCGCUUUUACUACGAUACGAGCUUGUGGGAGACUUACGAUUCCCACGAAUUCGACUUUGCGAGGCGCAUUCGUGCUGAGCCCGCUCUUGCUGAAACUGCUGAAGAUUUUAUAGCGGAGUUAUUAUCUACCAACAGAUUUGAAGAUCGAAACCUAAAGGAGCGCCAAUUAGAAGCGGUUUUUCAUGUCAAUUCAGAAAUUGGUGGGAUCUUUAGUGGAACAGGCGUGCUUGGGCAGCACUUUCAAGAUUCUGAAAGAGAAAGCGUGACGGCAGCGGCUCAAAACUGUUUAAGAUUUUUGUUGAUUGGCCAAUGCGAGGCAUUCACGGAGGAUAAUUUUUUUAAAGAGAUGUCUAUAAAGCAGUGA